CGAGGGACCCUGAAUGCAGCAUCGGUGCGGAGGACAUCUGCUCGUAGAAGUUGUAAGAAAAGUUAUGUGUGUAAAAUUGUAAGUUUUCGGAGUCAUGGCUAAAGAGUACGACGUGUUGUUCAGACUGCUGCUUCUCGGAGACUCUGGGGUCGGAAAGACGUGCAUGUUGCGCAGGUUCACGGAGGGAGAAUUUGAUCCUUUGCACAUUUCCACCAUCG